CAAAACUAGCACCCCGUAAAACACACUGGGAAAAUUUUUCAUGAAAUUAAGAAGUAGACUGAAGACAAGGAUCUAAAGGAUGAAGGAGUACAUUGUGUUGCAGAAUAUUCCAAGUGGAUACUCAGAUCAGUUGGUUAAAGAUUAUGUAGAAGCAAAUCUGGACAUAGAUGUAGAUACAGUCUCUGUCAUAUCAGACUUAGCAUGGGUCAUGUUGAAAAGAAAAAUCAAAGACCAUCAAGAAGCACAGCGUGUUGUGUCUACAGAGCCCAUAGAGUCUCAUCAGAUAAGGCUGCAUUUUUCUCAGGUUGUGACAACAGCCAUUGUUGUAUCCAACACAGACAAAGAGAAAGCUUCACAAGAACAGAUUAAGAAGUUUUUGGAAAACAAGUUUAAUGUAGAAGUCUUGAAAAUCCAAAUCUGGCGAGAUAAAAAGAUUGCAUUUGUCCAUUUUGAAGAGGGAUCAGAAAAAGCUGUUAAAAAGAUGAUUAAAAAACAUGAUCUUGUUAUGCUAAAAGAAAAGAACUACCACAUUUUUGUAGAACCAUACUUUCAACAUUUCCAUGAUGUUUUAGAAUCAAAGUUUAAGAUGGAUUCUGGGACUAAAGUGACACUGAAAGCUAAUCAGAAGGAUCAGGAUGAAAGCAGUGAAUCCUCAAGUGAAGAUACGGAUGAAACUGAUACAUCUUCAGAUGAUGCUAGUGAGAACUACUCUUCCAAUGAAAAGAAAAGUGUUAAGAAAAAAGAAAGUAAACCAGCAUUGCAGAACUCAGAUGAUGAGUCAGACUCUGAUGAUGAACAAGUCAACAGUUUCAAGUUAAGAAAAUCAGAAAAUUUAAGCCAGAAAGAAAAGAUUAAAAGAAAAGUAGAGAGUAGUGAUGAUAGUGACGAUGAAGAUAAACAUUUAGAUUUAAAUGGAAGAAAAUUAAGGAAAUCAGAAAAUUUAAGCCAGAAAGAAAAGAUUAAAAGAAAAGUAGAGAGUAGUGAUGAUAGUGGCGAUGAAAAUAAACAUUUAGAUUUAAAUGGAAGAAAGUUAAGAAAAUCAGAAAAUCUAAGUCAUAAUAAAAAGAUAAAAACCAUAGAGUCUAGUGAUGAUAGUGAAGAUGAAGAUAAACAUUUAGAAGAGGAUGAUACAGAAAGUGAUGACAGUAAAUUUUCUGAUAGGGAUUCUAGUACAGAAAGUGAAACAGAUGAGAAGCAAGCCUGUGAACCAUUACCUGUUCACAAAGCUAAACGUUCCUAUAACCAUUAUGAUAGUUCAAGACAAAGUCAAGACCCAGAUAAUAAGAAAAUUAGAAAUCUUAAAAAAGAAAAUAUGACAUUAAAAUUAAAAAUAAAUGAACUAGAAAAUACUGUUCAAUGUUUAUCAAAUAAAAUAAAAGAGUUAGAAGAUUCAAAGCCCUAUAAAAAAACACAGGAAAUGAAGAAGCAUGAAUAUGAACAGUUAGUUGAUUUUUUUGGAGUUAUUGAUGGUGUUUGCGUUAGUUAUAACAAGGAAAAGAAACUAGCCACAUUAAAAGGCAAAGAAAAUGAAGUCAAUUUUCAUCUAUGUAAAAUGCUGACGAAAUUAACACAAUUAGAAAUUGAAAAGUUAGAAAUUUCUCCAACAAUGUUUUCAAUUCUUUCUACAGAAAAGGGUGAGAAAUUUCUAAAAGAUUUUAUGGACAGUAACUCCCAAGGAAAAAGAGUAACUUUUACAAUAGAUGACAAAUGUAUUUAUCUUGCUGCAACAGAUGACACAUCUCUAAACAGUGUUAAAGAUAAACUGCAGAGGAAACUAAAUUAUAAGGACAUUACAUUGUCAAAUACUCCUGUUUCCGAAGGAAAUCUUUACUUGUUAAAACAUAAUUUAGAAAAGAAUUGGCUACUUUGUUUAUCCUGGAAAGAAGAUUUGAAAGAAAUCUAUACAGAGGGCAUAGAAGAUGAUGUCAUCUAUUCCCAGAGAGACAUAAAUGAAUUGAUUGGUUCACAUUUGAUACAUGAAAAAGUUUACACAGUGAAUGAUUUAAGGGCACAAUUUAUACAAAAACACCUGCAGCCAAAGGUAACAUCAAUUGUAAGUAAAGUGGAGUGCGAAACAAAAGAUUAUAAAACCUAUACAUUUAAAGGAGAUAAUAAUUCAGUCCGUAUUGUAUAUGGUGCUUUCAGGGAUAUUGUUGAAAAUAUUGUCACACAGACAUGGGAUCUCAGAAAGGUUUAUUUAAAUAGUGAUAUGGAUCUUUGGCUUCUCUUUAAUGGUUUGAAUGAAGAUAUGGUCAAAGAAAAAAUAGACCAAAUUGAAAUAAAAGAAAAGUGCCUUAUUAGAAUAAAUCUUCCUGUUACAAAUACUUUUACAAGAAAUGUGGAUAGUGCCAAAGCUAAGGCAAAUAGUACCAGCACUAAAGCUAUAAAAAAGAGUGGCCAAGUAAACAUUAAGAUAGGAAACAUUGUGGAAGAAAGCUCAGAUAUCCUAGUAUGUGUGUUAGACAACCAUAUCAAGCUAUCAAGAACAGGUAUAGGGAAAGCCUUUCUGAAGGCUUGUCCUGCAUUGAAGGACAAACUAGAAACUACUAAACAACAAAAUCCAAAGUCUACAGUCAUUACAACAAUGGGACCAUUUGCAGCUGGUUUAACAUGUAAAGCUGUUUGUAGCAUUGUCGUCACUAGAUGGGAUAAAAGCCACUCAAAACAUGAACUUAAAGAAUGGGUGAAUACAAUUAUGAAAAAGGCAAUGGAAAUAGGUGCCAAGUCCAUUUCCUUCCCACCCAUUGGCUGUGGUAAAGCGUUUAAAUUUCCGAUCACUAAAUUAAGCAAGACAAUGCUGGAAACAGUCAAUACAUUUUUGACAUCCAACCCUGGAGCGCUUAAAGUAAAUAUUGUAGCUGAAAAGAAAGAUGAUUUUGAUGUUUUGAACCAAACUGCUGAGCUCUAUGCAAAACCAUCAACUGAUGUUGUAGAAAAUAAUGUAGAUAACACUAAUGAUGAAGAGGAGAAUAAAGUGCAAUUAGUCAGAAGAGUUAAAUUUGAGUUAUCCAUAACAGCUGAAAAAGAAACAGACAAGAAUGUCAUUUUUACAAAACUGUCUGAAUAUUUUAACAACCAGUGUUUACAUACAGCUGAAGUGAAGGAUAAUACACUACCUGUCUGGCCAAGUACAUUACAAAAGAGAAUAGAAGAAAAGGCUGAAAAUUCUUCAGUGCAUGUUAGUUUUUCAUCAGAUGAAAAUGAAAUAAAAUGUUGCCUGAAAGGCUUCAAGCAAAAUGUUGAAGUUCUAGAAAAGUUUGCAAUGAAUGAAAUUCAUGAGGUAGUUAAAAACUUUCCAAGGAAAUCAAUUAAAGCAAGUAAUACACCUGCAAGGGGUACAGUUGAAUUUAUCAAAUACGCUUCUAAAAUAAAUGAAACCUGCCCAACCUAUUGGAAGGUGUACUCAGACAAAAGAUAUUGGAAGAAUGUUGUUGACAGAAAUGAAGAAAGACCAGCUAGUGGACAAAGUAAAACAUUCCUGAUAUCAGUGGAUGAUAAAACAAAGAAGGCUGUAAUAGAUUUAGUUCAGAAAACUUGGGAACCAGCUUUAGUUGGAGCUGGAGCAGAUGCUAGAGGUCUGGUACCCAACACAACUAUUGAAGUCUUAGAUGUGCAAAGAGUUGAGAAUAUACAUCUGUUUGAUCGCUAUGCUAAUGAACGCAAAAUGCUCUUUCAGAAAAUGGUUGAAAAUGAUAAACCUUGUGAUGAUUUUGGUAUUACUUUACCUAGCAAGCAGCUAAAGACAACUGAGUUUUUGGAAAGUUUUAUGAAGGAAGAAUUGUAUUCAGAGAUCAAUGAACAUUAUUUAUUUCAUGGAACUAAAUCUAAUCUGAUUGUACCUUUAACCAAACAAGGCCUUGACCCUAAACUUUGCACAAAUGGAAUGUUAGGUAAAGGUGUGUAUUUGGCUGAAAAAUCUACCAAAUCUGAUCAAUACACAGAUCCAAAGCCAAAAGAAGCAGAUCAGAAACGUAGUGCUCCAGGGACAAAGCUUUAUCUGUUCCUCUUAAGAUCAUUGCUAGGCAACACUUAUGUAGUUCAAAGAGACCACCCAAAAGUUGGUGGUAAGGAAGCAAGAUUUGUUCGCCCUCCAUGUUUGAAUUGUAAGGAUGAUAAAUGCAGUAAAGGUCAUGAGUCUUAUGAUUCCAUCACACUGGAUGGUGGAAACUCCCCAAAUUCACUAUACAGAGAGUUUGUUGUAUACUCUGAUAGGUGCUGCUAUCCCGAAUAUUUAAUUACAUACAAAAGAGUGCCACCUAAGUGAGGACUCAUUUGAAAACCAUUCACAAGUGGAUGGAAAAUGUUUGAAACUUUUGUUUUAUUUACAUAAAUUCUAAUGUUAAAACCAAAGAUUUCACAUAUUAAUGUAGAUCUAGUUUCUUUCUAAUAAAUCAAUUACUAUUGAAAAUUUCUUUUCAUCCUACCAAUUGCUCAAUGUUAUUUAAACAGGAAGAUAAAUCAUAUUUAUUCUAAGCUCUGUAUAUUAAUUAAAAUUAAGUAUAAUGUUAUUUAUCCUUCUCAAUGAAUUUUUAUUUCAAAUGGCAAAGAUGAAAAGUUUUUGUGAUGAGGUUGUUU